GUGUGAGUGACCACUUUACGGGUCUUGAAUAUCGGCCACCAUGUCCGUCACCGCUGCCCUCCUGUCCCUCGUUGUCUUUCCGGUGGUGAUUGGUGCUGAUCAUACGAGCACUCACAAUCCCACUGCUGUCACUGCUUCUCAUGGUCCCAUCAUCCCUUCUUACAGCCAUGCGGCUGCCACCACCACUCUAUCUGGUGUCACCACCGCGACCGUCUCGUCAUCCGUUGCAGCUUCAGCAACUGCAAUCUCCAACGGAACACUGCCCGCGUGCAAGCCAGUACAAUAUGCGUUUCCGGCGGGAACUGGCGGCAACGCAACGCGAGCAGCUGCCGUGAAGGAGGGAUACCUCUACGCCUGGGACGCAUAUGCCGAGUAUGCGUUUGGAUAUGAUGAGCUCCAGCCCCUGAGCGAGACAGCUACAAAUGACUGGUAUGGAUGGGGUGUCACGAUUGUUGAUGGCAUUGACACUGCCAUCGUGAUGAAUUUGACGGAUGUUGUGGCCAAGCAGUUGUCGUUCAUCUCGACAGUUGAUUUCAGCACUACGUCUUACGGAGAUGUCGAGGUGUUUGAUACAAACAUCCGAUAUUUGGGAGGACUUUUGUCGUCUCAUGAUCUGUUGAAGAGCGGUCUGUUCCCAACUGCCAGCUAUGAUGAGGCAGAUAUCGAUGCUCUUCUUAGCCAGGCUGUUGUCCUGGCCGACAAGCUCGCAUAUAGUUUCGACACGCCCAGCGGAAUAGCGUCCGUGGAUCUGAAUUUCAUAUCCGACACACCAGUUGAGGGAACUUAUACAGUGACAGCAACGGGGGUCACAUACAACAGCACCAACACGGCCUCAGCAGGCACCUUCUUGCUUGAGUGGUACAGGCUGUCUGACCUGACAGGCAACGCGACCUACAGGCAUCUAGUUGACCGCGGCGAGUAUCCUCUUGUGCACCCCAGCCCUGCGCCUGUCUAUCCUGGUCUGGUCGGCACACAAUUCGACACCACAAGCGGCGAGAUGCUCAACUAUGCCGGUGGCUGGCACUCCACAGUCGACUCAUUCCUGGAAUACCUCAUCAAAACGUAUCACUACAAAGUUACAAACACAACCACCUUUUACAAGGACUUCUGGCUAGAUGCAGCAGCCAGCACGGCGAGCUACCUCGCCGUACACCCUUCCGGCUUCCCGGACCUGACCUUCAUCUCGGAGCUCGACGACAACGGCACGCUGACGGACUACAUGGACGACUACAGCUGUUUCAUGGGUGGCAACCUCCUGCUCGGUUGCAAGAUCCUCGGUCUUGACUCUCUGUGCGAUCUUGGCCUUGCCGCUGCGGACGGAUGCCAUCAGACGUACAACACAACGCUGACUGGCCUCGGUCCCAUCUACUGGGGCUGGUACGACAGCGCGACAGACGAGCAGCCGUCAGAGCCGGAUCGGGAUGUGGAUGCUGCAACGCGCGCGUGGGCCGAGGAGUAUGGAUACUUCAUCGAGUAUGGUGAUGAGGUGUACGCAAGCUUCCCCGAGUCCAUCGAGAGCUGGUUCUACGCCUACCGUAUCACUGGCGAGCAGAGAUGGGCGGACUACGUCUGGGACGCGUUUCUUGCCAUCAACAGCACGGCAAGAAACAGUGUUGCCUUUGCGACGGUGAACAAUGUGAAUAUGCCGUUUGGUGGAAGCCAAAGCAAUAACCUGGACUCUUUCUUCUUUGCCGAAGUCCUGAAGUAUAUCUACCUCACAUUCGAGGACCCGAAUGUCGUCAACCUAGAUCAAUUCGUCUUCAACACUGAAUCUCAUCCUGUGCUAGUGCAGUGUGGCAUUGGGGACAUCGACAAUUACUAGAAAGCCUGCACAUUAUGUAUAUCACGAAGACUCCAAUGUAUACACGAAACAUUUAAUGCGUAUAUAGGUAUUUACAUAAUUUCAGUGGCAGUAAUACAUGCCAGGGAGUCACACACUCCUGAACCAAGC